AUGUCAGCGUCGUAUACUUCCCCGUCUUGUUAUCUCAUGUGGGCUCUGCUCUCAUGCACGCUCUUUGCAUUCCUGAUCUACCACCUCUACUCGUUUGAUAGGUUCAAGUGUCUCAAAUGGAACGAUGGCCCACAUUCUGGAGCUUUCAAGAGAGUCAUGACUUAUUCAUAUUUCCUCACUAUCCCGUUAUUCAUGGUGUACGCGGUGGGAUUCUCAGUCAUAAAGUAUAAGGAAGGCUAUAUAGCCUUGCCAUCGGUGGGAAUUGUGCCAGCACCGUAUGAUACGUGGUCACCAACCGCAAGGUCCUUCCACUUUCCGUUAAUGCUAUGCUUUGCAAUAGCUUGGUCUCUUGAAAUGGUUACCCACUUACAAGAGCUUUGCUUCUGGUUAUUUCUUGUCAGUGCAGAUGCCGAUCGGAACCAUUGGUUCAGUAGUCACUAUUUCAAGGCCUGGAUAAUGGGCUCUAUAUUCGCCAUACUCUAUAUGCCCAUCAUAGCAAUUUGUACACGAGAGAAUGCGUUGAAGGCGACAUGUACUUUCCUUGCUGGAAGUCUUGGAAGCCUUCUCCUCACUAUCUUGUUCAUGCCCAUCCUGCGAAAAUUGCCCGCGCUCUUGGAUAAUCUGAGAGCGGAAGGAGCCGAUGAUGGCACCAUCAUAAGAUUGACCAAGUUUCAUGAACUGAACACGAUUCGAGUCACUUUUCGGUAUCUGUUCACUAUACCGUUGCUUAUCCUCGGCAGUUCUGGUCUCAACCCGCCUCAGCACGUCACAGGAAAUACUUUCUGGUCCGAUCUGUGCGCUUUCGCCGCAGCUAUAGGGUGUACUGCAUCAUCUGGAAUCACUCUCAUUAUAUUUUUCCCUCGCUCUGUAGAAAGUGAAGUCUCAAGGCAAAGUGCCAGACAACGUGAAAGCGAGAGCUGCCAGUCAAAAUCACCGGACCUCGACCUCUCUUCAAAGCAAUAUGUCAUAUCCACGUCGUCUGAGACUGUAGCUAUGGGGAAGUGUGUCACCAUAACCCGACCGCCGCCAAUACGACCCAAUCGUCUACGUGAGGAGGAUGUUGAACUAGGCGGCAUUGGGACGCCACCACCGCACUAUGGCAUACCCAACGUUCCGUCGAUGCAACCAAAUCGUAAAACUGGGGAUGAGGUCGAGUUGGGAGGGAUUUUGUCUCCUGCGUCAACGACGCUCAAUUUUUCAGAUGUGGAACCAUCAGGACGUAGUAAUAAUCAUACUUUCGUCAAUUCUACCAUAUAUUCGUACACGUCCCCCAUCAGUUGCGUUCUUCUCCACCCAUCCUGUGUUAAUAUGAACUGA